AAUAUUGGGGAGGACUACACUUCAACCCUCAUGCUCAAAAGUACACCUUCCGGGAAGAUAGAAGACAUAUUUUUGUUUUUUGAUUCACUGGUCCGUUGACUUGUGUCGUUUAGGUACUUUCUUCUGCUGGGUAAUGAAGAUGUUCUAGUUUAAGUACAGUAACUGGCCAUUGCAAAUCGCCAAUAACUAUCCAAGAUUAACAAACCAGUCCAUGGCUUCCUUUAACCUUGUCCACUUCUUUACCUUUCUCAGCUUCAUCAUCAAUUUCGUACCCACUGAAGCACAGUUCGACCGUAGUAUCUUUGGCCCCAGUUGCCAAUAUUUCAACAGAACCACUCCAAAGAGCGCCUUAGCAUUAAACCUGAGGGCCAUUCUUUCUGAUCUAUCUUCCAAUGCUACCGCUAAAAACAAACCAUUCUACAACACAACAGUGGCCACCAAAAACCACCCCGAAAGUACUGUCUACGGAAUGUUCUUCUGCUGGGGUGAUGUCCCCCCUGAGCAUUGUAGCCAGUGUGUGGCAAGCGCAACAAAAGCAGUGUUCUCAGAUCCAGAUCAAGAAUUAUUUUGUUCCCUAGCCCCAUAUGCAUAUAUUACCUACAGAGACUGCAUGAUUCGCUAUUCCAACAUUUCCUUUUUCUCCACCCCUGACUUAACUUCGGGCUCCUCUUCAUGCUUCUCUGUCGAUGUCUCCAACAAGACAAACUUGAUAAGUUUGUAUUCCAAAACCAUUAACCAAGUGGUCGAAAAGGCAUCAAAUUCUGGUGUUGGUGAGAAGAAGUAUGCCACAAAGGAAGCAAGGAUAGCUGGAUUUAAGACCCUUUACUGUCAAGCUCAAUGCACACCUGAUCUAUCACCCCAAGAUUGCAGAAAAUGUCUAAAUUUUAGCGUAGCGGAAACUCGACGGACAUGUCUAUCAGACUUACCGUUGUGGGAUCGUAAUCCCAGCUGUAGCAUGAGGUGCGAUGUCUAUCCUUUCUAUCGCCCCAGUACCUCUCCCCCACCUUCGGGAUUCCUUCCGGUUACACAUUCUUCCAACACAGAUUCACAAGCUCCUGCUUACCUUUCCCAAAAGUGUUCCAGGAACCAAACCAAUAUCACCGGUGACACAACUUUCCGGUCAAAUCUCAACACCCUCUUCACUUCUUUGUCUUCCCAGUCCACCACCAACUCCGGUUUCUUCAAUGACACGGUGGACACGAUCAGUGGCUUCUUCAUGUGCUUCGCUGACCUUUCCCCUACCCUCUGUGAGCUAUGUAUCCAAAAUGCAACCCAAACAAUAUCCUCAGAAUGCCCCUCCUCCAGAGAAGCUGCCAUUUGGUACAAUCACUGUAUGCUUCACUAUUCCGAUCACCCGUUUCUCCCCACACUGGACACAACCCCUGCUUAUCGCCACUUCAAUAUCGUCGAUACUUUCAAACCCAACCCGCAGCAAAGCUUCUUCACAUGGACUUUGGCAGAAUCUGUAUCUCAACUGCGAUUGGAUAUUGCCGCAGAGCGCACUAACACUAAAAAUUAUGGAAUUAAACAAGAAAAACUGAAUGAUAAACAAACCCUCCAUACUCUUGCUCAAUGUAGGCCAGAUCUAUCUCCUUCGGAUUGCAGCACCUGCCUAGAUAACAUUAUGAGAAACGAAAUCCCAUGGUGUUGUUUAGCAAGUCCAGAGGGAAAAGUACUGUAUCCAAGCUGCUAUAUUAUGUUUGGCUUGUCCCCAUUUCACACUGAAGCUUCUCAAGUUGAGCCGCGCAAGCCAGAUACUUCUUCUCCUGCCACAGAAAGUGACAAUGGGUCAAAAACAAUUAUCUUAGUUGUUGUCCCCGUGGGUGUCUCUGCCAUACUCCUUUCCCUCUGCUACUAUUUGCUAAGGAGAAAUACAAGGAAAAUUAAUUACAACACUCUUCUCAGAGAAAAUUUUGGUCAGGAAAGUAUCACUUUGGAGGGAUUGCAAUUCGAUUUGACUACAAUUAAAGCAGCAACAAAUAAUUUUUCGCCUAUGCAGAAGAUUGGAAAAGGUGGAUUUGGAGAAGUUUACAAGGGUAUUCUUGUUGAUGGACGUCAUAUAGCUGUAAAAAGACUUUCAACAAGAUCUAAACAAGGUUCAGUCGAGUUUAAGAAUGAAGUGUUAUUAAUAGCCAAUCUUCAACACAGGAAUCUUGUAUCAUUGAUUGGCUUUUGUCUGGAAGAAGAAGAAAAAAUUCUUAUAUAUGAAUACAUGUCAAAUGGAAGUCUUGAUUACCUUUUAUUUGGUACUCAGCAACAAAAGUUAGACUGGCCUAAACGAUAUAAUAUCAUACAAGGGACAGCUUUAGGAAUUCUUUAUCUACAUGAAUAUUCUCGACGCAAAGUUAUACAUCGUGAUCUUAAACCUAGUAAUGUUUUACUGGAUGAAAAUAUGAAUCCAAAAAUUUCAGAUUUUGGCAUGGCUAGAAUUGUUGAAAUUGAUCAAGAUGGUGGGAAUACACAUAAAAUAGCUGGAACAUAUGGUUAUAUUUCACCAGAAUAUGCUAUGUUUGGACAAUUUUCUGAGAAGUCGGAUACUUUUAGUUUUGGUAUUAUGAUUCUUGAGAUUAUCACUGGAAAAAAGAAUAUAAAGUUUUAUGAAUCUUAUGAUGAUGGAAAAGGCAUCAUUGGUUAUGUUUGGAAACAAUGGAAAAAUCAUGAACCGUUAAGCAUCUUGGACUCAUACAUUAAAGAAAGUUAUUCAGCAGAGGAAGUUCUUAAAUGCAUUCAUAUUAGUCUAUUAUGCGUUCAAGAAAAUCCAAAUGAGAGACCUUCAAUGGCAACAAUUAUUUCAUAUCUUAACAAUCACUCACUUGAUUUGCCAUCUCCAGACGAACCAACAUUUUUCUUUCACAGAUGCGGAAUGGAUUCGGAGAUAGUUAUACAAAAUCAAUCCAAAUCCAAUCCAGCUGCUGGCAACUCAGAAUCUGUUAACGACAUGUCCAUGAGUAUUUUUCAUCCACGUUAGAUACUAAGCAUUUCUUUCGGAAUAGUUAAUGAAAAAGGGAAGAGGUGAAGAAAGAACAAAGAUUUAUAUUGUUAAAAAGGAAAACAAGUGUUAAAGCCAAUAGUUAGUUUUCAUAUAGUUUCUGUUAUAUGUUAAUAUAAUAGAUAGUUUUCUCUUUCUGUUUUUUACGUUCCUCUCCCUCUCUGUAUAUGCUUUCUCUCUCUUAUGUAAAUAUAAGAUUUU